GUUGGCCAUCUUUUUUUUAACAGGCACCACGCGAAUUUUGUUAACAACAUUACAGCUCAGCUAAUGUAAUAAUCGCUUUAGCCAUUUUCUUAUUUAAGACACAGCGUUACCUAGUAUGUCAGUGUAAUUCAGCUUCUACUUUACACAAAUGGACGCUAUUAAAUUAACUUUUUGAAGUAUGUAUGCUUAGUUAGUGCUGCAUCUGAGGCUUUUAGUUCUGUUUAGAUCGCGCUGUCAGUGUGUCAUCAUCGGGUUUUAAUGGACAAUGGAGUCUCUUAGGCUGCUAUCGGUGGAUCCCUCUGACCGGGGGUCUCAGAGAUGCAGACUGGGCCCGGGUCUGAUGUCGUCGUUGGGUCUAAGACUGGGCUCCCCUCUGCUGGUGUCUCUUCCCGGGGGAAGCUGCCUGUGCACCACCUGGCCCCGUCCCGACCUGGCGGAGGGCUUCCUGCAGAUAGACCUGAAAUGUUUCACUCCCAGCUUGAUUUCUGGGCUUCCCGCACACCUGAGCUUGGACAAGACUCAGCUCAGUCCCGCACCCUGCACCAAACUGAAGAGUGUUAAAGUAACUGUGGUGGUCCGGAGUCUUGAUUUUAAGAAAAACACAAAUUUUAGCCUUGUUCAUGAGCUUGUGAAGGACAUGCUGACGGGUGUUUAUGUCCAUAAAGAGUUUGUAAUAAACCUGGAGGAGUUUAAUACAGAUAUAAGAUAUGUUGCUGUGCACGGCAUCUGUCCAGAGUCUGCAGCUGCUGGAGUCAUCACCUCUAAAACUGGUCUGGAGAUAACUGAGGUCCAGACAGUCCAGCAUUACAAGAGUCAAAUGCAGGACCAGCAUACACCCCCGCUGGGAGGACUGGAUGAGGUGAGUGCAUCCCUGAGAGAGAUGCUGCAGCUGCCCCUCCUUUAUCCCAACACCCUGAUCUCGCUGGGCGUGUCUUGCCCCAGAGGUGUGCUCCUGGUGGGACCUCCUGGAGUUGGGAAGACCGUGUUGGUCCGCCGGGUGGUCAUGGAGGUGGGAGCAAGCCUGGUGGUGGUCAGAGGACCAGAGGUUGUCGGGUCACGGCCGGGUGAGAGCGAGGAGACGCUGCGGGCUGUGUUUGAGCGUGCCCGGUCUGCAGCGGAAGAGGGCCCCUGCGUGUUGUUUUUGGACGAGCUGGACUCUCUGUUUCCGAGGAGAUCCGGCUCCUCCGCGCCUGAGAACCGGCUGGUGGCCCAGCUUCUCACGCUGAUGGAUGGGAUGAGUCGGUCCGACCGCUUCCUCAUCGUAGGAGCCACCAACAGGCCAGACAGUUUAGACCCAGCGCUGCGUAGGCCUGGGAGGUUUGACAGAGAGGUGAUCAUCGGUGCUCCGACACUCCUGCAGAGAAAGGCCAUCCUGUCUGUUCUGUGUGAGAGAAUGCCCGUGCGCCCCACCGUGAACAUUGCGGAGCUUGCUCAGAUAACGACAGGAUAUGUCGGAGCAGACCUGAGUGCACUGUGCAGGGAGGCUGCCAUGCACGCUUUGAGGGAGAAUGUAAAGGGUUCAGGGGAGCAGGUGGUGGAUAUGAAGCACUUCCAGGAGGCCCUGAAGUUGGUGGGCCCGUCCUGCCUGAGAGGCAGCCUGGGCAGGACGGAGCUCUCCCCGGUGCUUUGGGAGCAAAUCGGAGGCCUGGAAGAAGUCAAAACCAAACUAAGACAGAGCAUUGAGUGGCCUAUGAGACACCCUGAGGCGUUUGUCCGUCUGGGGUUGUGUCGGCAGCGCGGCGUCCUUCUGUACGGACCUCCAGGAUGCGCAAAGACGACGCUUGUCAAAGCUGCUGCCACCUCGUCCCGCUGUGCUUUCCUGUCCGUCAGCGGCGCUGACCUGUACUCUCCGUACGUCGGAGACUCUGAGAAAGCUUUAGCUCAGCUGUUCCGGCAGGCCCGCGCCUGCGCGCCCUGCGUUCUGUUCCUCGACGAGAUCGACUCGCUGAUCGGGUCGCGGUCCGACGUCGGGACCCCUAACAGCGUGCAGACCCGGCUGCUCUCUGUGCUGCUGAAUGAGAUGGACGGGAUCGGCCUGAAGACGGUGGAGAGGAGGGGAGCAGAUAAGGUCCUGCAGGCAGAGGGAGUGGAGCAGAGUCACGCAGAUGACGAGCUGGACUGUCAGGAGGUUUGUAACAAAGAUGUGAUGGUUGUAGCUGCUACAAACAGACCCAGCUGCAUCGACAGCGCCCUGCUCAGACCCGGCAGGCUGGACCACAUCAUUUACGUUCCACCCCCUGAUCUGCAGGCUCGACUCGCCAUCCUAAAAGUUUGCACAAAGUCUAUGCCUGUGGAUUCACACGUCUGUCUGGAGGAGCUGGCUACAAAGACAAAGCUUUACUCUGGAGCUGACCUGGAAAACCUGUGUAAAGAAGCUGCUCUGCUGGCAUUGCUGGAGGAGAACAUGGAAGCGUCAUCCAUCCAACAGACACAUUUCCUUCGUUCCAUCACCAAAAUGAGUCCUUCUCUCACUGCUCAGCAGAUUAGUUCAUAUUUAAUACCUCACCAGUGAUGUAUUUUUAUACAAAAUAUCAGUUUUAAAAUAAAUGUUAUGACAUGUAACUUUUA